AUGGGUAUUCCCGCGGCCUUUCGGUGGCUUUCCACCAAAUACCCCAAGAUCAUAUCUCCUGUCAUUGAAGACCAGCCCGUGACCAUGGACGACGGCUCCGUUAUUCCGGUCGACCAUACGCAGCCCAACCCAAAUGGUGAAGAGUUCGACAAUCUUUACCUGGACAUGAAUGGUAUCGUCCACCCUUGCUCACAUCCGGAGGACAGGCCUCCUCCAAAGGAUGAGGAGGAGAUGAUGGUCGAAGUCUUCAAGUACACCGACCGAGUGGUCAACAUGGUAAGGCCGCGCAAGCUGCUCAUGAUUGCUGUCGAUGGUGUUGCUCCCCGUGCCAAAAUGAACCAGCAGCGCUCCCGUCGUUUCCGUGCCGCCCAGGAUGCCAAAGAAAAGGAAGAAGACAAGCAGCAAUUGCUCACCCUCCUGAAACGACAGAACGGUGGUACCCACCCUGCUGAGUCUACCGAGGAAGUUGUCAAGAAAGCUUUUGACUCAAACUCCAUCACGCCUGGAACGCCCUUCAUGAAGAUUUUGGCAGCCAGUCUGAGAUACUGGUGUAGUUACAAAUUAAAUACCGAUCCAGCCUGGGCGAACAUGAAAGUCAUCAUUUCAGACGCGACUGUCCCUGGAGAAGGCGAACACAAGAUCAUGAACUUUGUUCGCUCCCAGAGGGCCUCGCCAGAACAUGACCCCAACACCCGCCAUGUUAUCUAUGGCCUAGAUGCCGAUCUCAUCAUGCUUGGUCUUGCUACCCAUGAGCCUCAUUUCCGAGUGCUGCGUGAGGAUGUCUUCGCACAAGAUAGCAGGGUCAAAAUGUGUAAGUUGUGUGGGCAGAAGGGCCAUGAUGCCCAGAACUGCAGAGGAGAGCAGAAGGACAAGGAUGCCGAUUUUGACGGCAAGGACAACGCUCAUCCGUUGAAGCCUUUCAUCUGGCUACAUGUCUCCAUUCUCCGCGAAUAUCUCGCUGUCGAGCUCGAUGUGCCCAACCUUCCCUUUCGUUGGGACAUCGAGCGCGCUAUUGAUGACUGGGUCUUCAUGUGCUUUUUCGUUGGCAAUGAUUUCCUGCCCCAUCUUCCUGCCCUCGAGAUCCGGGAGAAUGGAAUCGAUACACUUACUGCCAUAUGGAAAGACAACCUGCCCCACAUGGGGGGCUAUCUUACCAAAGACGGACAUUGCGAUCUGGAGCGGGCGCAACUCAUCCUGGCUGGUCUUGCGAAACAGGAGGAUGCUAUCUUCCGCCGCAGGAAGGAGACAGAAGACCGGCGCGAAGCCGGUUUCAAAAGGCGCAAGGCGGCUGAGCAAGCUCGCGCAGCUGGGCGUAACAACUCGGGCCCCCAGGGAAGGAAUAAGCAUCAGAAGGUUGACAACAUGGUGCCCGGCCUUGCCCCCGAUGCAGCUUUCGUGCCGAUCUCGAGCUUGCCUGGCCCUCUGUCCAAGCCGAACAGUGCAAUCACGCACGAUAUGGUUGUUAACAAGAGUUCUUUGCAGAAUGCAAACAAUGCCAACAAGAGCGCUGCCAGCGUUCUUAAGAGCCAGAUCCAGGGUCUCAUGAACAAACCUACCGAGUCCAAGGAGGAGACGGCGAAGGGUGAAGAAACUUCGCAGGCCCAAGAAACACCGCCUUCAGCUGCACGCAAGCGCAAAGCAGACCUUCUGGAGAAGGAUGAACCUGGCACACCGAGCACUGACAGUCCUGACGCCGUCACUCCGUCCACCACGACCGAGAAUGAGGGGCCCGUCGACACAGUGAGGCUCUGGGAGGACGGGUACGCCGACAGAUACUACGAACAGAAAUUCCACGUGGACCGUAACGACGUUGAGUUCCGUCACAAAGUCGGGCGCGCGUACGUGGAGGGUCUAGCAUGGGUGCUGAUGUACUACUUCCAAGGCUGCCCGUCUUGGGAUUGGUACUAUCCUUACCAUUAUGCGCCCUUCGCCCAGGAUUUCGUGGACCUACACAAGGUCGAGAUCAAGUUCGAGAAAGGAAGAAUAUCCAAACCAUACGAACAACUCAUGAGCGUUCUCCCUGCGGCGUCCAGGCACGCCAUCCCUGAAGUUUUCCAUGACCUCAUGACAGAUGAGGACAGCGAAAUCAUUGAUUUCUAUCCUGAGGAUUUUGAGGUCGACCUGAACGGGAAGAAGAUGGCGUGGCAAGGUGUCGCGCUCUUGCCGUUUAUUGACAUGCCGCGGCUCCUCGAGGCCAUGGCGAAGAAGUAUCACUUGUUGAGUGAAGAUGCUUUGGCACGGAAUGAGCCUGGAAAUGACGUUCUCAUAAUAUCAGAUGCGCACCCAGGCUUGUACGACGAUAUCAUCAUUCACUUCUACUCAAAGAAGCAAGGCGCGCCGAAACACCAGCUCGACCCGAGGACAAGUGGUGGUCUGGCGGGUGAGAUCAAAAAGAUCGAGGAUUACCUCCCUCACGGUGCUCUGACAUACCCACUUGAAAGAAAGUCAAUGCCUGACCUUGACUACGACCGCUCCCUGAGUGUUAACUACGAAAUGCCAAGCAGCGCACACACGCACAAGUCUAUGCUACUUCGCGGCGUCAAGCUACCGACACCGGCCCUCGACCGGAACGACAUGGACGAGAUUCGAUCGAAGGGCCGCCGGUCAGGCAGAAGCCAUGGUGGCGCGCCUCUGGGACGCCACAACUAUCAGAAUGGCCGUACUGAACCGAUCAAUUACGGUCCCGGACGCGGCGGGUAUCAAGGUGGCCGUGGUCGUGGAGGCUCAGGAGGAGGCUAUGGUGGACGAGAUAGCUAUCCUCCACCUAGAAACGGUGGUGGCUAUCCAGCCCCACCGGCCAACUGGGUGCCACCUCCUCCUGGAACAGUGGGCUUCGGUAGCGGUUUGCCGCCACCACCACCGCCCGCUAAUUUCGGCAAUGGCGGUGGAUACGGUGGAUACGGCGGCGGAUACAACCAGGGCUAUGGCAAUGGAGGCGGAUAUGGCGCACCACCAGGGCAGUAUGGUGGAGGAGGAGGAGGAGGUUAUCAAGGCUAUCAAGGUCAGGGGUAUCAACAACCGCCGUACUCUGGUCGUGAUGACCGUCGACAGGGGGGCUAUGGAGGGGACAGGGGCUACGACCGUGGUUACAGUGGCAAUGGUCGUGGCUAUCGUCGCUAG